GCAUUUUUAAUAUUAUUAUUAUUUAUUUAUGUUGAAAUUUUCUCAUUAGCCAACUAUGUGUAAUUGUUUGUUUUCGUUCUAACUAACGCUAAUUGUUCAAUUGAAUGUAUUAAAAUAAAGAAAUAAUCUUUGUACUAAAAUGCCGUGUGAAAUGAUAACGGUCCAGUUGGGCCAAUGUGGAAAUCAAAUUGGUUUCGAAUUUUGGAAAAAACUUUGUGCUGAGCAUGGUAUUAAUCCAGAAGGAGUACUUGAGCCAUUUGCUACAGAAGGUGUUGGCGACCGAAAAGAUGUGUUUUUUUAUCAGGCUGAUGACAACCAUUAUGUCCCAAGAGCUGUUUUGCUGGAUUUGGAACCACGUGAUGUAGUUGUACAACCUUACAAUUCGCUAUUGACUUUAAAACGACUUGCGCAAAGUGCAGAUUGCGUCGUAGUCUUAGAUAAUACUGCAUUAAAUCGGAUUGCUACUGAUCGUUUACACAUAGAAAAUCCAUCAUUUGCUCAAAUUAAUUCAUUAGUAUCUACAAUUAUGUCUGUUUCAACCGCUACUUUAAGAUACCCAUCUUACAUGAACAAUGAUUUAGUUGGUCUCAUUGGACCUUUGAUACCAUCACCACGUUUACACUUUCUUAUGACAGGUUACACCCCAUUAACAACUGAUCAUGAGGAUGCUAAUAUUCGUAAAACGACAGUAUUUGACGUGAUGAGACGGUUGUUACAACCUAAAAAUAUGAUGGUGUCCACAGCACAAGAAAGAUCUACCAUACCACAUUGCUACUUAUCUAUAUUAAACAUAAUCCAAGGCGAUGUUGAUCCUACUCAAGUAUACAAAUCACUGCAAAGAAUUAGAGAAAGAAAAACUGUAAAUUUCAUUAAUUGGGGUCCAUCCAGUAUUCAAGUUGCUCUUUCUAAAAAGUCACCUUAUGUUCCCACUGCACAUCGUGUAUCUGGACUUAUGUUAGCCAAUCACACAAGCAUAUCUCAACUUUUCCAGAGAGUCCUGGAUCAGUAUGAUAAACUGCGACACAGAGAAGCGUUUUUAGAUCAAUUUCGAAAACAAAAUAUGUUCAAAGAUGACCUAUGUGAAAUGGAUGAUUCUAGAGCUGUAGUUCAAAACCUUGUAGAUGAAUAUUUGGAAGCCACAAAGGACACAUAUCUUCAAUGGCAACCUAAAAAUGCUGUCAAGAAUUAACAGAAUCAAAAAGUUCAUUAAUUUACUAUUUAU